CAAUUGUCACUUCGACUAUUAUUAUCCCAUGGCGGUUGUUAAUACUCUACGCGCUGUAUUUGUGUAUAAUCGUCUAAUGUAUUUUUAUAAUUGACUCUGAGAUUUGUGAAUUUUAUCCAGCCGUUUUAACAUUUGUUUACAAAUGUUGAAGCAGUUACAAAUGGGCAUUCGUGCUUUUCUUUUAUUAGCAUCAAAAAUAUGGAAUUUCAUUUGUUUUGUAAUUCGGAAGCAGAUGAGAACGAUAGUUCAACAUCAGACAGUGAAGUACGAUGUUCUACCUCUUUCUCCUUUGUCCAAACAUCGCUUAAGUUUGGUGAAACGGAAAAUACUAGUCCUUGACCUUGAUGAAACAUUAAUUCACUCUCAUCAUGAUGGUGUUAUCAGACAGAUGGUUAAACCUGGCACACCACCAGAUUUUGUACUGAAAGUUACAAUUGACCGUCAUCCUGUUAGAUUUUUUGUUCACAAGAGGCCACAUGUGGACUUUUUCCUAGAUAUGGUCAGUAAAUGGUAUGAUUUAGUUAUUUUUACUGCAAGUAUGGAAAUUUAUGGAGCAGCAGUUGCUGAUAAAUUAGACAAUAAUCGUGGGAUACUUACCAAAAGAUACUACCGACAGCAUUGCUGUGUGCGAUAUGGAAGUUUUAACAAAGAUCUUUCUGCCAUUACUCAAGACCUCUCAAGUAUAUUUAUAUUAGAUAACUCCCCUGGAGCAUAUAGAGCAUAUCCUGAUAAUGCUAUUCCAAUCAAGUCAUGGUUUUGUGAUGCUAGUGAUACAGCUCUUUUAAAUCUUUUGCCAAUGCUUGAUGCAUUGAGGUUUACUAGUGAUGCCAGGUCUGUCUUGAGUCGUAAUUUACAUCUUCAUGGUUUGUAAUACGGCUCCAUGUUGAAUGUCCGUAUCAAUGCUGGUGCUGGUGUCUUCUGCAGUCUCUUCUCAUUUUACACUCCUGUUGGAAGGUUUAAAACAGCCUUUGACACGGAGAUCUCUGCAAUUCAAAUCGCUUUGUUA